CACCUUACUCUUUCUCAUCUAUAUAAAGCAAGCCCUUAAUCCUCAUGACCAGAAGACCUCUUCUCGUGGUUGGGACUGUAGCGCUGCGAACCUCGGUGCUGGAAAGCGCGUCGGAAAUCUGAAGGCCUUUUUGUGAGUCUCCCUUUGCCGCUUCCGAGUCCCGUCGCCACCAUGCCUGGUCACGUCGUCAAGAGCACCGGGCCCGACCCAGAUCCCUCCGAAUUUCUCUUUGUUUCGACGGAACAGAGGAUGUUGGACCAGACCAAGCCGUACGACCCGAAGAAAUCCUGCUGGGUCCCUGACGAUAAGGAGGGCUUCCUCGAAGGCAUGAUCCAGGCCACAAAAAGCGAUACGGUGCUGUCCAUUCAGCUGAAGAGCGGAGAGGUGAAGGAUUAUAAGAAGGAUGUUGUGAGCCAAGUCAACCCUCCGAAGUACGAGAAAUGCGAGGACAUGUCCAAUUUGACCUUCCUUAAUGACGCGUCUGUCCUCUACAAUCUCAAGACCCGUUACCAGGCCAGGCUCAUCUACACCUACUCUGGCCUCUUCUGCAUCGCCGUCAACCCCUACAAGCGCUUCCCCAUCUACACCAACCGCACCGUCAAGAUCUACCAGGGCAAGAGGCGUAAUGAGGUGCCUCCCCAUCUCUUCGCCAUUUCCGACGGCGCCUACAUGGACAUGUUGCAGACUUCGGUCAACCAGUCAAUGCUGAUUACCGGCGAGUCUGGCGCCGGCAAGACUGAGAACACGAAGAAGGUGCUGUCCUACUUCGCCAACGUCGGCGCCUCAACAAGGAAGAAGGAAGAUGCUCAUAAACCGAACUUGGAGGACCAGAUCGUGCAGACCAACCCUCCGCUAGAGGCUUACGGCAACGCCAAGACCACCCGUAACGACAAUUCCUCUCGCUUUGGCAAGUUCAUCCGCAUCCACUUCGCCCCCAACGGCAAGCUCUCAGGCGGCGACAUCGAGGUGUACCUGCUGGAGAAGGCUCGCGUCAUCUCGCAGUCGCCGGCAGAGCGAGGCUACCACAUCUUCUACCAGAUGAUGUCCGAUCAAGUAGAUUAUUUAAAGAAGUUGUGCAAUCUCAGUGACGACAUCUACGACUAUCACUACGUGUCUCAAGGCAAGGUCACUGUUCCUUCCAUCGACGAUAGAGAAGAUAUGGAAUUCACACAUGUAAGUUUAUUUUGUUCCCUUUUUUGUUAUUUAAUUUGCCAAAAGAGUUCUAAUAUAUAUAUACAUGUAUCAAAACAUUCUUUGCAGAAUGCUUUCACCAUUUUGAAUUUCACAAAUGAUGAGCGUGACAACUGCUACAAGAUUACAGCCACAGUCAUGCAUAUGGGCAACAUGAAGUUCAAGCAGAGGGGUCGCGAGGAGCAGGCUGAGCCCGACGGUACUGAGGCUGGGGAUCUUAUAGGUCCACUCCUUGGAACGCCAAGUGAAGAGCUGUACAAAAACCUCUGCAAGCCCAAGAUUAAGGUCGGUGCCGAGUUCGUCACACAAGGAAGAAAUGUCGCUCAAGUGUCCUACUCUGUUGGUGCUUUGGCAAAGGCCCUGUUCGACCGUCUCUUCAAAUGGAUCGUAAAGAAGUGCAACCAAACCCUCGAGACCGGCAUGAAGCGUGCCAUGUUCAUUGGUGUUCUCGAUAUUGCUGGCUUCGAGAUCUUUGAUUUCAACGGUUUCGAGCAGAUCUGCAUCAACUUCUGUAACGAGAAGUUGCAGCAGUUCUUCAACCACCACAUGUUCGUGCUUGAGCAAGAGGAGUACAAGGCCGAGGGCAUUGACUGGGUCUUUGUCGACUUCGGUAUGGAUCUGCAGGCUUGCAUUGAGCUCUUCGAGAAGAAACUCGGUCUCCUCUCCAUCCUCGAGGAAGAGUCCAUGUUCCCCAAAGCUACUGACAAGACGUUUGAAGAGAAGCUGAAGACCAACCACCUGGGCAAGUCCCCCUGCUUCAUCAAGCCUAAGCCUCCUAAGCCAGGCCAGGCUGAGGGUCACUUCGCCAUCGUUCACUACGCUGGCACUGUGACUUACAAUCUGAGUGGCUGGCUGGAGAAGAACAAGGACCCCCUCAACGACAGCGUCGUCGACCAGCUCAAGAAGUCCAAUAUGCCUCUCAUUGUGGAGCUUUUUGCAGAUCACCCCGGCCAAUCUGCUCCGGCUGAGGCCAAGGGAGGGAAGAAGGGCAAAAAAUCAUCUGGUGGCUUUAAGACCGUUUCUUCUGCUUAUAGGGAACAACUCAACAGCUUGAUGACAACCCUACAUUCAACUCACCCUCACUUUAUCCGCUGUAUAGUUCCAAAUGAGACGAAGUCCCCGGGAGUUGUAGACGCUGCCCUCAUCAUGCACCAGCUGACCUGCAACGGCGUGCUCGAGGGCAUCCGCAUCUGCCGCAAGGGCUUCCCCAACAGAAUUCCCUAUCCGGACUUCAAGCAUCGGUAUAAGAUCUUGGCUCCCGAUGUGAUGUUGAAGGAAAAGGACGAUAAGAAAGCAGCAGAGAAAACCUUCACUAAAGCUGGUCUCGACAAAGAACUGUACCGAUGUGGCAAGACAAAGGUAUUUUUCCGUGCUGGAGUCUUGGGUACCCUGGAAGAAAAGCGUGAUGAGAGGCUGGGAAAAAUCAUCACUUGGAUGCAGUCUUGGAUCCGUGGUGUGAUUGGGCGCAAGGAAUAUGGCCGUCUUCAGGAGCAACGUGUCUCCCUCGUAGUUCUUCAGCGGAACAUUCGCAAGUAUAUGGCCAUGAGCAACUGGUCUUGGUUCAUCUUCUGGCAGAAGGUCAAGCCCCUCAUCAACCAGCCAAGGCUUGAAGACGAGAUCAACAAGCUCAAGGACAGGGCUGAGAAGGCGGUUGGAGAUUUGGAUCGCGAAUCUACUCGUCGCAAGGAACUAGAAAAUUCUAAUGCAUCUCUCGUCGAGGAACUUAAUAAUCUGAAGACAACUCUUGAGUCUACGAAAGGAAACGUCGCGCAGUAUAUAGAAGCACAAGCCAAAUUGUCAUCUGAAAAAACCGACCUUGAAGCUCAACUAAAUGAUGCUUCAGCUAAGCUUCGACUCGAGGAGGAAACUCGCACUCAGAUGUUCCAAUCAAAGAAAAAGGCAGAGCAGGCUGUCAGUGCCAUGAAGAGGGAGCUGGAGGACUUUGAACUGAAUGUCCAGAAGAGUGAUCAAGAUAAAGCAACAAAAGACCACCAAAUACGCAACCUCAAUGACGAGAUAUCUCACCAGGAUGAUAUUAUUAACAAAGUUAAUAAAGAAAAGAAGCUCCUGCAGGAGAUGAACCAGAAAACUUCUGAGGAGCUUCAGUCUGUUGAAGAGAAGGCCAGCCAUCUCAAUAAAGUCAAGGCCAAACUGGAACAAACUCUUGAUGAACUAGAGAGCUCUGUUGAACGUGAGAAGAAGCUUCGAGGUGAGGUUGAGAAGUCCAAGAGGAAGGUGGAGGGCGAUCUGAAACUGACGCAGGAAACCGUUGCUGACAUCGAGCGUCGGCAGAAGGAUCUCGAGCACACCAUUCACCGAAAAGACAAAGAAAUUUCAUCCCUUGCUAAUAAGCUGGAGGAGGAACAGGGGGUAGUCUCGAGGGUGCAGAAGACUAUCAAAGAAGCACAGGCUCGCAUUGAAGAAUUGGAAACUGAAGCUGAGCACGAACGCCAGGCUCGGUCCAAAGCCGAGAAGGCCAAGAAUAACAUGCACCGCGAACUUACCGAUCUUAAUGAGCGCCUGGAUGAGGCUGGUGGAGCAACUGGAGCUCAGAUUGAACUCAACAAAAAGCGAGAGACGGAACUAUUUAAGCUCCGCCGUGAAUAUGAGGAAGCUGAUAUUCACCAUGAGACAGCAGUCGCCAAUCUCCGCAAGCGGCACAACGACGCGGUUGCUGAGAUGACGGAUCAGAUUGACCACCUUAAUAAAAUGAAAGCCAAGACAGAAAAAGAGAAGGAACUUAUGAAAUACCAAGCUGAAGAAGCUAAAGCUGCGAUGGACAACUUGGCUCGAGACAAGGCACUUGCUGAGAAGGCCAACAAGGGCAUCCAGCAGCAGAUCAACGACGUGACUGCCAGGCUGGAUGAAGCGACUCGAACUCUCAAUGACUUCGAUGCCCAGAAGAAGAAACUUGCUGUGGAGAACGGUGACCUCCUUCGUCAGUUGGAAGAGGCAGAAAAUCAGAUAAAUCAGCUGAAUAAUCUCAAAACUUCUCUUACAACUCAGCUGGAUGACACUAAAAAGAUAGUAGAAGAUGAAUCUAAGGAUCGUAGUGUCCUUCUUGGCAAGUUCCGCAACUUAGAGCAUGAUCUGGAUGGUCUUCGUGAGCAGCUUGAUGAAGAGACUGAAGCCAAGGCUGAUGCCAACCGCCAGCUGUCCAAGGCCAAUGCUGAAGCUCAUAUGUGGCGCUCAAAAUAUGAAACGGAAGGCAUUGCCCGUGCUGAAGAAAUCGAGGCCGCCCGCCUGAAGCUUGCCGCUCGUCUCGAGGAAGCUGAGGUGCAAAUUGAACAACUCAAUGUCAAGAAUAUGCAGCUGGAGAAGGCCAAGGGACACAUUCUCUCCGAAAUCGAUGAGAUGCAGCUUCAGGUAGACCGGGCUCAGGGUUUGGCUAAUGCUGCUGAAAAGAGGCAAAAGACCUUUGACAGGGUUGUUAAUGAGUGGAAGAUCAAGGUUGACCAACUGGCAACUGAGCUUGAUGCUUCUCAAAAAGAAUGUCGUCAGUACUCCACUGAGCACUUCCGCAUCAAGGCCAUGUAUGAGGAAAACCUGGAACACCUAGAUACUGUUCGUCGCGAGAACAAGAGUCUCGCUGAAGAGAUCAAGGACUUGAUGGAGCAGAUCAGCGAGGGUGGCCGCUCUCUUCAUGAGAUUGAAAAGAACGCCAAGCGUUUCGAGAUCGAGAAGGAGGAGCUUCAGGCUGCUCUUGAGGAGGCCGAAGCUGCCCUUGAACAGGAAGAGAACAAGGUUCUUCGUGGUCAGUUGGAGCUGAGCCAAGUCAGGCAGGAGAUUGAUAAGCGCAUUCAGGAGAAGGAAGAAGAGUUUGAUGCCACUCGUAAAUGUCACCAGCGUGCAAUUGAGUCCAUGCAAGCUUCGCUUGAAGCUGAAGCCAAGAGUAAGGCUGAAGCUCUUCGCAUGACGAAGAAGCUUGAGUCGGAUAUUAGUGAACUAGAAAUUGCUCUUGAUUUGGCUAACAAGGCCAAUAGUGAUAUUCAGAAGCAAAUAAAGAAAGCACAGAUUGAUGUGCGAGACAUGCAAGCCAGAAUGGAGGAAGAGCAGCGUCUUGCUUCUGAGUAUCGUGAGCAGUGCAGCGCCUCGGAGCGCAAAGCAAAUGCCGUAAACAGUGAAUUAGAAGAAUCACGCACGCUUUUGGAACAGUCGGACCGCGGCCGACGCCAGGCCGAGGCUGACCUUGCUGAUGCCUCUGAAACCAUGAGUCACCUUACAGCCCAGCAUGGAUCUCUCUCUAUGGCGAAGAGGAAGCUGGAAGGAGAACUGCAAACCCAACAUGCGGAACUCAAUGAUAUGUUAAAUGAAGCCAGACACUCCGAGGAAAAGGCCAAGAAGGCCAUGGUUGAUGCUGCUCGUCUGGCUGACGAACUCCGUGCUGAGCAAGAACAUGCCCAAACCCAGGAGAAGAUGCGUAAGGGACUGGAGUUAUCUGUUAAGGAACUUCAGACUCGCCUUGAAGAGUUCGAGGCAACCGCUCAUAAGACGGGCAGAAAAGCUAUCACUAAACUGGAAUCACGUAUCCGCGACCUGGAAACUCAGCUGGACGACGAGGCUCGCCGUCACGCCGACGCCCAGAAGAACCUGAGGAAGUGCGAGAGGCGCAUCAAGGAGCUCAGCUUCCAGUCCGACGAGGACAAGAAGAACCAUGAGAGGAUGCAGGACCUGGUCGACAAGCUCCAGCAGAAGAUCAAGACCUACAAGCGCCAGAUCGAGGAGGCCGAGGAGAUCGCCGCCCUCAACCUGGCCAAGUAUCGCAAGGCUCAGCAGGAGCUUGAGACAGUUGAAAGGCACUGAGCGUUUUGCACUUUCUAAACACCUACGCUUGAAGGCUUUUUAAAGUAAACAUCAAGAUAGUGUUUAGUGAAUGAACACAUUGAAGGCCUGUAAGUGUAGGAUGUAAAACAUUCAGAAAGACAUUAAAAUAUUAAACAUA